AUGUCAAAACAAACAAUGUUACGUACUCCUCCUUCACAUUUAAAUGUUAGAAGUCCGUUAUCUAACAUUUCCAACGUCAUCGAUAUUCCCAAUAACAGUUUUCAGACACCGUUACCAAACAUGAAAUUGGAUUCAAACGGUAACAUUAUUUGGAUCAUGGUGAUCAGAUUGUUGUAUGUCAAACAUGUUUUGCAAAAUUAUGGAAAGAUGAAUCUAUCAAAUGUAAAAAAAAAUGAGAAUCAAAAUUAUUCUUUAUGUUGUGGUUAUGGCAAAGUUGAACUACCAGCUUUAAAGAAUGCACCUUCAAGUUAUGCCCAUCUUUUUACAUCGGGAGAUUCUAAAAGCAAACACUUCAUUAAGAACAUUCGUUCUUACAAUUCUAUGUUUUCUUUUACAUCAAUGGAUGGAAAGAUUGAUUCCUCAAUCAAUAGAGGAAAUGCUCCAUACAUUUUUAGACACAACGGUCAAAAUUAUCAUAGUAUCGGAAGCCUUUUACCGGAACAGGGGUUAAAACCAAAAUUCUCUCAGUUGUACAUAUACGAUACUGAUAAUGAGAUCACGAAUAGACAAACAUGUUUUGGUGGAGAGAAUCAACGAUCUACAUCAAAUUCUUCUGUCCUUGAUAAUGAUAUUAUACAAGAUUUGAAGUUGAUGUUGGAUUCAAAUAAUGUCUUGGUUCAGUCUUAUAGAAUGGUUAGGGAUUGUUUUCAUCAAAACCCUCAUGUUGAUAUCAAGUUGAGACUUAUUGGAAGAAGGGACCAAGAUGGAAGGAUAUACAACCUACCAUCUGCUUCUGAGGUUGCCGCUUUAAUUGUUGGAGAUAUUGGUGAUUCAAUUGAUAAUAGAGAUAUUGUUGUUCAAACGUCUCAGGUUCUCUACGGCGUAUUAGUGAAUUACAUCCAUCAUACCUUCCUCUUCAGUAUCCACUACUGUUUCCAUAUGGUGAUGAUGGUUACAGGGUUGACAUACCACAUCGAGUUUUUGGUUGAUGCUUAUACUAUGAUUGAAAGUGAGAGAUUACAUUUCAUAAGGAGCAAACAACAAAUUCUUAGAUGUGAGUCUUAUGAAAAGUUACGUACUCAACAGAACCUAGGGAAUAAAGAUAUAUCCAACGUUGGACAACGUGUAAUCUUACCUUCUUCAUUCACUGGUGGUGCACGUUAUAUGAUGCAAAACUACCUUGAUGCCAUGUCCUUAUGUAAAUGGUUUGGAUAUCCUGAUUUCUUCAUAACCUUUACAUGUAAUCCAAAAUGGCCUGAAGUUAAAAGGUUUCUUCAUAACACUUCACUAAAUCCAGAAGAUAGACCUGAUAUCUUAUGUAGGCUAUUCAAAAUAAAGCUCGAUGCUUUGAUUAAAGACAUACGGGAAAAUAAAAUUUUCGGCAUUGUUCAAGGAGUGGUCUAUACGAUUGAAUUUCAAAAAAGAGGUUUGCCACAUUGUCAUAUUUGUCUGUUUAUGCAUGCUGACUCCAAGCGGCCUACUGUUGAAUAUAUUGAUCCGAUUAUUUCUGCUGAGAUUCCAAAUAUCAAUGAAGAUCCAGAAUUGUAUUCACUUGUAAGUGAAUUCAUGAUACAUGGUCCUUGUGGAGCGGAAAAUAUGAAUUGUCCAUGCAUGGUUGACAAACAAUGUUCGAAAAAUUUUCCAAAGCAAUUCUGUGAUCAUUCUUCGGUUGAUGUCAACGGUUAUCCCUUAUAUAUGAGAAGAAACAAUGGAUAUUUUGUCGAAAAAUCAGGUGUCAAGUUAGAUAACAGAAAUGUUGUACCAUAUAACAAAUAUCUGUUGAAAAGAUAUCAGGCACACAUUAAUGUUGAAUGGUGCAAUCAGGGAUCUUCCAUAAAGUAUCUGUUUAAAUAUAUAAACAAAGGUCCAGAUAGAGCUACAAUUGCUGUUGACAUCAACGCUGAUUCUAAUCACGAAAAGGUUGUCGAUGAAAUAAAAGAUUAUUAUGAUUGUAGAUAUAUAUCUGCAUGUGAAGCAUCAUGGUGA